UGGAAAUCGGCACACAGCAAAGACGGCGACGUAGCGAGUACAUACGUGAAUAUGUUGGAUUCGGUUCUCCAUAGCAUCCGGCCUCCUCCGGCUGCAUUCCAUCUAUCUAGCACUGCAGAGGGCAGGGCACCGACGGUGAGUUAGUUUGAGAGCUAUGGUCAAGGCGCAGAUUCAAAUAUACGCCCGCCUCAGGCCGAGAACCAGGUGACAAUUCACAGCCAACUCGUCGCUGUGUGUUGAUAUAUGCAUCGAAGCUUCUGCCCUCUCUCUCUCUCUCUCUCUCUCUUUCUCUGUAUUUGGUACAUGCAGUCGUCAUGUGGCGCGCUACAAGGUGUGCGACAGCGGCUCUCCAUCCAACGGCAGCGGCGCCUGCAGCCCAGCAGCCUCUUUGACAUUCGAGAUACCACCCGCAUCCACGGCGUCGAACCAGGUACAGUGCAGUCAGCAGGUUGAUGGAUGAAGGGACGGACGGUACAUCCGCUGCAGUGAGUGCCCAGUCCAGUCAUGCAGGAGGAGAUGCACAGUGCAUGUCUGUCUGCACUGCAGGCGAGUCUGUCCUUCUCAUUUCAUGGCGUCUUUGACGAGAGUGCAAGUACGUGAGCGGACAGGGAUGCACUGUGUAUGCAGUGCACAUGCCAUGCACUCGACACACGCGUGUGUGUGUGUAUGUGUGUGUGUGUGCGUCCAGAUCAGUCCAGCGUGUUUGAGAGGGUUGCCUAUCCCGUCCUGCUCAGCUGCAUUGAAGGCUAUAACGGAACGGUGCGUGGCGGGCGGGCGAUGGAGGGAGGGAGGGAGCAGGGGCAUGGCAAGGGUGACAGGCAGACAGCCCCUGUCUGAGCGUCCAUCUCAUGUCCCUCAUGCAGAUUUUUUGCUACGGGCAGACUGCGAGCGGCAAGACCCACACCAGUACGUGCCAGGCGUGGCGUGGCGUGGCGUGGCAAGAUGGUCCAAGCGAUGCAUUAAUGUGUGUUGCCUUCCUUCUUUGCCCUUGUUCGUUCUUCUACGCAGUGACGGGCGACGCUUCGUUCGACAACAGGGGGCUCAUACCGAGAUGCCUAGAGGUGGGUGGGGGAGCUGGCCAGCAGCACAGCACAGCACGGGAACUGUGGUAGGUAUGUGUGCACUGUGUGUGUGUCGCGGCAGGCUCUGUUUGACGAGUUGAAGAAUCGUCAGCAGAACACCCUCUACAGCGUGUCGGUCUCCUUCAUCGAAAUAUACAACGAAAACUGGUCCGUCCGCAUGUCAGUACUAUGCAGCGAAUCGACGUGCGCACAGGAUGACGCACCCAAUUGUCCUUCUGUCGUGUGUGUGUCUAUGCGGAUGCCCUAUCUAUAUCAGCUACGAUUUGUUGGCGGAGGGUCAGGGUCAGGUGCCGAUAGAGCAGUGGCCAAAGAUCAACUGCUUCGAGGACGAGACCGCCAACCUCAGACUCAGAGGCCUCACACUCAGGGAGGUAUGAGCAGCGCAGCACAGCAGCUGACCCCCCACAGCACACACAACCCACUCUACUGUGUGUAUAUGGAUGUGUGUGUGUGUGUUGGUGUGUAGGUUGGUGGCACUCGUGAGGGGCUGGAUGUGUUGUUUCUGGGCAUCGCCAACAGGAUGGUCUCCACCACUCCGGUUGGCAAGUUAAUCCCUUUAGAGGCCUGAGAGCCGAUACAUCCAUCCAUCAUGUGUCUGUCUGUGCCUGUUCCCUCUCUCUGUCUUGUCCUGUUGGGCGUCGGGCCGGCAGAUGAAUGAGGCGUCCAGUAGAUCUCACUGCAUAUUCACCAUUGCUAUUGAGGUGACUCACACACGCCAGCCAGCCAGCAGAGGGAGAAGAAAAGAUGCCGUGACGCGUACGUAGGAAGGAUGGUGUGGGUGUGGGUGUGUGUAUAUAUGCCGUCAGGGUCGCUCUCGCGACAACGAGCAUGUGGUGCGCUACUCGAAGCUGCACCUGGUCGACCUGGCAGGGAGUGAAAGGUAUCAACCAAAUAAACAUACACAGCCAGCCGUGAGCUGGCCAUCGAUGGAUGGAUGGAUGUGACUGAUUCGUGCCUUCCUUCCUUGUCACAUGUAUGUAUGUAUGUAUCAAUCCCAUCAAUCAGGGUGCACAAGAUGGGUUUGGGUGGUGCGAUGCUCAACGAGGCCAAGUACAUCAACCUUUCACUUCACUUCUUAGAGCAGGUACGUACCUACCUAUAGAUGGACACAGCCAGGCAGGCAGCACCGCAAACCAACAGACAGAGCGUUUAACAGACACGUGCUUUCGUUGUGCUCACCUCACACGUGGCAGGUGAUAGUCGCUCUGCAGGACAAGGCCAAAGGCUCUCGGUAAGGGCACAUGCAUUGCGACCAUACACACAUCCCUCCGUCCAUUCACGCGCUUCCUCGUCCGUGUGUCUGUCAGUUCGCACAUCCCAUAUCGCAACUCGAUGCUGACGUCCAUCCUGCGCGACUCCCUCGGCGGGAACUGCAAGACCAACGUCAUUGCCAACAUGUCAGUCGACAUGUCAUGCCUCGAGGAGACCAUAUCCACUGCUCGCUUCGCCCAGCGGUGCUCGGCGCUCUCCAAUGACGUGCGCAUCAACGAAACGGUGGACUUGAGGAGGCUGGUCGACCGGCUGAUGCAGGAGAAUCAGGUGUGUGUGGGAGUGUUGCCAUGUGUGCCGGCACAUGGGCAUUAUGUGUGUGGUGGUUGUGUGACUGCAUGUCAGGAUCUGAAGGCCGAGAAUGCGUAUCUGCGUGCUCGUGCUGAGGACCCCAACUUCAACACCAUCUCCAACACCGACGCUGACAAGGACAACCACACACAGCCUAGCAACAACCAAAAGCCAACACAGUAAGCGCCUGCACGGCCUCGCACUGUCUAUCACUCUUCCCUUGCUUGCUUCAGGCCCCCAGUCUCGUCUUCUGAGGCCGCUCCCAUUCCCCCACCCGCCCGUGCAGCAGACGACGAUCAUCCCGCCCCCAUCCCCUCCCCGAGCACCACCACCCGCAACAGCCCCCCAUGUGAGACCUUCUACCGCGUCCCAUCACCCAUGCUUAACAACGACGACACGCUUCCGCCAAAGGUCAACAGCACGGCAGCGGCACGCGAUGGCGACGGCAGCCCGGCUGUGCCAGAGGGUAACGGCGGCAACGGGGAUGGUGACUCGCCCGCGUCGUUCGAAGGGCUGCUGGGAGAGGAGAGGCGGGGUGCUCAGAGGCCCCACACGCAUAGGAGGGAGAGGGGGGGCAAGCGGAGGGGGGAAAAGAUAUGGAGACUCUCCGAUGUAAGCCGGCAUGCAUGGAUGGACGUCACAAUAUAUUAAUUGGCCACAAGUGCGUUCUUUGCUUUGUGUGUGCACGUUCAGGUGUUGGAUCGUGUUGAGCGUAGCGGUCACAAGGAGACCAUCCUGGAGAAGCUGCUGAGCGACAGGGGCGGCACGGGGCGCGGUGGACUCAAUGGCCUCGGCAUGGACUUUGAGGUCAGCUCACAGGCACAUGCAUUCAUCGAACCGGACACACGCGGCGUGUCUGCGUGUGUGUGCGCAGUUCAGCUGUGUUGGCGAUUUGGCCGUGGUGAUCCAGUCCCUUCUUGGGGAGAUAGAGCGGCUCAAGGUCAGACAAGCCGCCACUAAUUGCAUCCAGCCAUCAGAAUAAGCGAUGCUGCCCGUCUCAUGUGCGUUCCCCUGUUGCCCUCAGGGUGGUCAAGGCCCUCUGCCUCGCCCCAUCGCCCCCUCCCCCCUCAGCCAUGGGUCCCAUCGCUCGACCUUCAUCCCAUCCCUCGCACGAGCAGCAUCAGGCUCGCGCCUCAGACACCGCACCCAGGACACUGACACACUCCCGGGGGAGAGGCAAGACUCUAGCCGUGGCAGCAGGAGCCGACUUCCCAGCACCGACCCAAAGGCCCGUCCAGCGAGCGCUGGCAAGCCAAUGAUGGGCGGCACCGGCGGCUCGUCCACUGCGAAUCGGUCGGGGUCGACGGACAGGGGAGGUGGGCGGCCCUCGCCUCUGUCGGGUGGUGGUGCUGGCAGGGUAGCUGACGUGCAUCCGCCAUCGUACGCCGACUACUGCAAGGGCGGCUGGCGCGAUGGUGGCGGCAAGGAGGGCAUCAUGACACGAUCGGAUGUGAUAGCCGCGAAAGUCGAGGACAGCGUGGCGGAGGAGAGGAGGGCUCUGCUCGAGUGGAAGAGCCAGCCCCAGCCUGCAGUUGACACUACUGCCGCCUUCCAGCUGACAGCAGGAAGGGCAGUGGACCAUCCGAGCACAGGGCCACACCGCAGCCCGUCUGUCGGCCUUCGCAAGCCGUUGCUAGCCUCUUCGAGCACUGCCCAGCUACAAGGUGUUCCCCCACCAGCCCUCGCCAGUGCCCGAUCGGGCGUCUUCCAGAGGCCGCCCCCCCCCAGCUCACCCAUGACCCAACGCCGGAGAGAGCCAGAGACAGCCGAGGUGCGGCAGAUAGAUUUGCGGCAAUCAAGACCGUUCCGCUUCGGGGACAGCACCAAGAGCACCCCUUUUGCUGCGGGCAAGGCGGGAGGGAGGAGGGCCGAUCCAGGCGACCGGCAUGGCGGUGGAUUUAGCGGUGGCAUAUAUGAUUCGUCGCCCUCUCUGCCGUCAUCGAGCUCCUUUCUGAGAGUGCCUGCGGGGGGCUGGCGAGAUGGAUGAGUGAGAGGGCUAGGCAGGGAGGAUGUGUGUAGUGGAUGGGUGAAUGAAUUUCACGAAAGGCUCGCGUGUGUGUGGAUAGACG